AUGGCACGGUCUACAGCAGCUCACAAAUAUUCACCAUUUCUUACCUUGCUGCGUGGGUUUUCUGCAGGUAGAGGUUGUGUGGAUUUUGGAGCCCUUAAAGUCCUGAGUAAGGCAAAGCAAGUGCUGACUCUGAAGAACAGAGGGAAGUACGAGAUUGUGUACAGUUUCAAGCUGGAAGCCGCAGAUACCAACAUACCUGACUUGGCAUCCCACUUCACUGUCCACCCGCAGAAGGGCAUGCUGGCCUCCUCUGGAGAUUCCAUGCAUAUCCAUCUGCUCUUCCACCCUAAGAGGGAAAUGAGCAUUGAGGACAAAGCCAUCCUGCAGUGCCAGGUGAUUGAUCCCAGCAUCUCUGAAGGAGACGAGAUCGCCGCUGUCAUCCCGAUCAGAGUGUCAGGAAAAGCUGUGUUCAGCAAGUACAGCAUUUCCCCUGCUUCACUCAUCAACUUUGGUGUCGUGCUGAAGGGCACCAGGAAAACCCACACCUUCACGCUGGAGAACAAAGGCGUCCUGGCCUUUAAAUUCCACAUCUGCCGAGUGCCACCAAAGCCAAGUGCACAUCAACUGCAAUCUGUCCAGUCCUGCAUGAGUGAAGACACAAGGACAAAUGCUGUCUUGGCCAAGAAAAGCAAGUGCUUGCUGCAACAGGAUGCAGGCCCUGUCGUUGCGACUCGCUUCACUCUCGGCAUGUUCACAGUGUACCCUGGCUUUGGCUCCAUCCCUCCUGGGGACCGGCAGACAGUCACAAUUGAGUGCCGUGCAGCGACACUGGGGAAAUGCAAGGAGCACCUGUCCAUCGAUAUCCAAGGCAGAAACCCCACGGACAAUCCCCUUGGCAUUCCCUAUACCCUGUUUGCUGAGUCCUGCUUCCCAGCAUUUGUGGUUGAUGACAUCGAGUCAAUCUUUGAGGAGCAUAGAAUAUGCGGCAACAAGAAACUGUACCAGAGCCUACAGACAGUGCAAGACAAGGGUGUGUUCAUCACAGAUGAGAACAGGUUUAUCUUCACCAAUGUUGUCGUUGGGCACCAGGCUGAGGCUCGCUUCAAGAUCCGUAAUGUGAACAAAGUCCCCUGUGAUGUGGUCCUCUCCGUCAAACCCAUCAGCACUGAGCAUAAGAACGACAUUAAAGGCAUUUUCAAGGUGGAUCCGCUUCGGAUGUGUGUGCCCAGCCGCUCCCACGCCUUUGCUACAGUCACCUUCACUCCGCUAAAGGCAAAGAACUACCGGUGCACAUUUGAGGCUUCCCUUGACAUCCAAGCAAGCCCUGCAGCAACUAAAGCACAGAGCCUGACCUUCUCCAUCACUGGGGCUGGGAAUCUGCCUCAGGUGACUGUCCUGCGCCUGGUCCUUCGUGAUGAGAAGGGGAACCCUUUGUUGCUUUUCAAGAAGCUGUUGCUGGGUGAUUCCGAAGAACUCCCUCUGGUCAUUUGCAACAGUGGCAUCGUACCUGUCCAGGUGAGGAGUUGAUCAUGGACCUGUUGGAUGGAGAGGGAGUUUUCUUCUUGAACACCAGGGCCACCACACGCUGCAUCUACAAAGACGGGGGCAUGGAGGAGGACUCUCCUGGAGCAGGGAGGAAGCCGCACACCGUUUCCUUGGUCCUGCUUCCCGGGGAAUCAGCCGAGUUUGAUGUGCUCUUCAAACCGAACCUUGCCCGACAUGUGGAAGGGAAGAUCCGCGUGUUGGUGGUGGGCAGCCUCAAUGCAGAAACCAACAUUCAUCUGGUUGGUGAUGGCUGUGAGGAUGACUUCCUGCUAGAAAACAUCCACGGACUAGUGGCAGGCAGCAAGGAGAGCACUGAGGGCAAUCUGAAGGAAGAUGUAAUUGAGGGUAAGAGCAGAGAGACUGCCAGGAUUGAGCAAGGAACAGGAAGACAGAUAUUUCUGCUCACCCUGUGCCAGUUCACAUGUGGUCCAGACUUAGCAGGCAGAUCCUGUGGCCUUUUGUAGCCUGCGGAGCAGCCCCACUUGAGAACACAAGGGAAGAUCAUCUGUCGGGGUGAAGUAUGCAGGCUGGUAGGGAAGGGUUGGAGAAAGCACUGUGCAGCAGAGAAUCUCCACGAGGAGAUCUGC